AUAAGUGUGUUUCUAGUUUCUUUAGUUAUAUUAAUAAGAGUAGCAUUUUUUAUUGUUACUGAGCGAAAAGGUUUAGGAAUACUUCAGUUACGACAAGGCCCUAAUAAAGUAGGUCUGAAAGGGUUAGUUCAGUUUCUGGCAGAUGGAGUUAAACUUUUUACUAAGGAAAUAAUUAUACCUUUGUUUGCUAGAGAGGGGUUAUAUACAGUAGGACCUUUAAUUUGCUUUUUUUGUGCUUAUAGUUUGUGGGUUUUGUUUCCUAUAAUAUUUAGCUCUUUAAAAAUUACAUUAGGGUUACUUUUUUUUUUAUGUGUAUCUUCAGCAGCUGUAUAUGGUGUUUUUAUGGUAGGUUGAUCUUGUGAUUCACGAUAUGGUUUUUUAGGGGCUAUGCGUGCUAUUGCUCAAAGAGUCUCUUAUGAGGUUUUUUUGAGAACUUGUUUAUUUUGUCCAUUAAUUUUGACAGGGAGUUAUGAUUUAAUUGAAUCUCGUUGCAGCCCGUUUAGGUCUGUUUUCAUUGGGUUCGAAGUUUUAGUUUUGUGAGUUAUUUGUAUUUUAGCAGAAACUAAUCGUCCCCCCUUCGAUUUCGUGGAGGGGGAGUCAGAGUUGGUGGCAGGUUAUAUGGUGGAAUUUGGUGGGGUAAAUUUUGCUUUGUUAGCUUUAGCUGAAUAUAGAAAUAUAGCUUUUAUGAGAAUAUUAAGAGGCGUGUUAUUUUUUAGUUUUAGUAUGAAUUUACCAUUAUUAGGAAAUUUAUUAUUUUCUUUUUACAUAGUAUUUUUUAUAUAUUUCAUAAUUUGAGUUCGUGGGUUAGUUCCGCGUUUUCGUUAUGAUUUAUUAAUGGAGCUAUGUUGAAAAGUUCUUCUUCCUCUAACUUUAUGUGUAUUUAUGGUUUUUAGUAGGGUAUGAGUUGAUUUGGAUUAUUUGUUGGGUUAA